AAAGGCUCAAAUUUAAUACCUCACUUUGAAAAAAAAAAGAAAAGAAAAAAGCCCCAUUCUAAGCAUUUACUCCUCCCCGCUCUGUUGUUGUAUCACUCGGCCACCAAUUAUUGCAAUCACACGGUCACAAAUCUCACCACCCACCAACCCAAACUGAUCAAAGAAUUUGCAGCUUUCUACCGCAUUUGAUUAUUUCCUCUCUCACACCCUUAGGCCCCUCUUUAUAGUGACACAAGUGAGUUACUUCAUCUCAAACUGAGAACAGGAUAGUUUUUUGAGAUUAGAAAGCAAUGGAAGCAGUCAUAGCAGCAAAACCAGUGAUCAAAGUUGCUGCCCUUUGUGGGUCUUUAAGGAAAGGCUCUUACAACAGAGGUUUACUUCGUACUGCUUUGGAGAUAUGCAAGGAGUCUAUUAAUGGGAUUCAGAUGGAGUACAUAGACAUAUCACCACUUCCCAUGCUCAACACCGAUCUUGAGGUUGAUGGGAAGUAUCCGCCUGUUGUUGAGGCUUUCAGGCAGCAGAUUUUAGAGGCUGAUAGCAUCCUCUUUGCUUCCCCUGAGUACAACUACUCUGUUACUGGACCUCUGAAGAAUGCGAUCGACUGGGCUUCUAGACCACCAAAUGUUUGGGCUGACAAAGCUGCUGCCAUUAUUAGCGCUGCAGGAAGCUUAGGUGGCGCGCGGUCACAGUAUCAUCUUCGCCAAAUUGGGGUUUAUCUUGAUCUUCAUUUUAUCAAUAAGCCCGAGUUUUUCUUGAAUGCAUUUCAGCCUCCAGCAAAGUUUGAUGGUGAUGGCAACCUUAUUGACCCAGCAUCCAAGCAGAGAAUUGAGGAAGUUCUUCAUGCAUUGCAAGCAUUUACUCUGCGACUACAAGGUUGCAGUUCUAAUCUCUCAACAAUAUCAGAUUUCCCAAGGCAGAGUGACAGAGUAUCUGAGAAAGGACCUGCCUUAACACCAUUCACCAAAGAAAAUCUUGGGCAAAGAUUCCAUGCUAGCACAGAAUACAAGCUUAGAAGAACCUCUGAAUCUUAUGAUUGGUAUGAUUUGGAAACCCGCAACAAUGAAAGAAGAGAGCAUUUCAAGCUUAAGAAUAAAAAGUACAAUCAUAAUGUUAGGGAAAGGAUGUACAAAAUGGCAUUGGUUGCGUCUUGGGUGUUUUUCCUGAUUGCAUUCAUGCUCAGUUAUUGGGUUAAGAAUGUUGAGGAUGCUUGCUGCAAGAGAAAUGUGUUUGGCAGGAGCCUUGAUCUCUGGGUGGCCUAUGGUUAAAUUGCUUCAACUAGUCUGAAUGGAAAAACUGCUAUGCACAGUCACAGUUGUAGGCUCUUGGGCGUUUAUGCAUGCUAUGUAAAAGCAUGCAUAAAAGCAUUGCCAGAAUGAAAUUUAGCUAUGUGAUUGAAACAGACUUGAAGUGCUAGUGUGGUUAAGUAGACAUGCUGUUGUAUAUGGUGUUGUGCUUCUGUCGCUCUGUCUGGAAAUGUACAACUCCAUUAAUAACAGUUUUAUCAGAAGAUUAAGGAAGCUAAUUGCUUUCUGUUUGCUUCACCUGAUUAAAAUUACUCUGUUUCUGUUGCCUUAUCCUCUUUCAUUUCUUCAUAAGCGGUAUUAUUGAACCAGACAAAGCAACAAGCAAUGAAACCAAAAACUUCUUUUAUCAACACAAGUUUUUGAUUUCGGAUACGGGUUUUGUUCCUAAGAUAUUUUGUGGUAAGA